CAUUCAGUGAAUUAUUUCUUAAAAGAAAAAUUAAUAAAACUAAACAACAGAAAAUAUCCUUAAAAUUAUAUAGAAACAAACCCAACCCAAAGUGAUUUUAUAAAAAAAAGUUAAAUUAUUUUGGAACAAAAAAUAAAUUCAUACACAACAGCAUAAAAGGGUGUAACAGAAUACAGAAAAAUUCAGCAAGAAAUAAAUGUUAAAAGCCGGUUACAAAACAAGAAGAUUGUGAAUAAAUACGGAAAAAAGUAAAGAAUAAAACAAAAUUUAAGCAAAAAAAAUCAAAGCAAAUAUUUAUAACAAAGGAUUUUUUUUCGCAAACAAAAGAGAUUUAUAUUUGAAUUUUCUUGUGUACACAAUAUUUUUUGAAGAUUAAAAGUCAUAGCUUCUUGCACAGAUAACACUGAACGCGAAGAAAAACGGAAGUUUCAGCGACACCAUUAAAAGGUUAAAAUCGUAAAUAAAUUUCUUAUCAACUCCUCUGUUUUUUAUAAAAAUCGUCACCAUUGCUCCCACACCGAUUAUCAACUCCAUCAACAACACCAUGAACGGCCAGAGUUAUGAGUUAAAUCAUACAAAUGGCGACAUUAUAUCACAGAACCAACAGAAGGGUUGGUGGACCAUUGGUCUGAUCAAUGGCCAGCAUCGUUAUAUGACGGCCGAGACAUUCGGUUUCAAAUUGAAUGCCAACGGUGCCAGUUUGAAAAAGAAACAGUUAUGGACAUUAGAACCAUCCAAUACCGGUGAAAGUGUUAUCUAUCUAAGAUCUCAUCUUAACAAAUAUCUAUCGGUGGACUCAUUCGGCAAUGUAUUGUGCGAAAGUGAUGAACGUGACGCUGGUAGCCGGUUUCAAAUAAGUAUUGCUGAGGAUGGCACCGGUCGUUGGGCAUUGAAAAAUGAAUCACGCGGUUAUUUCCUAGGUGGUACACCAGACAAAUUGGUUUGUACUGCCAAAACACCAAGCAAUGGUGAAUUUUGGACAGUGCAUUUGGCAGCCAGGCCACAAGUUAAUCUGCGUUCAAUUGGCCGCAAACGAUUUGCUCAUUUAUCAGAGUCCCAAGAUGAGAUACAUGUUGAUGCCAACAUACCAUGGGGAGAGGACACCCUAUUCACAUUGGAGUUCCGUCAAGAGGAGGGUGGACGUUAUGCUUUGCAUACAUGUAAUAACAAAUAUUUGAAUGCCAAUGGUAAAUUGCAGAAUCUUUGCAAUGAGGAUUGUCUAUUUAGUGCUGAAUAUCAUGGUGGUCAUUUGGCUUUAAGAGAUAGACAAGGCCAAUAUCUUUCGCCUAUAGGCUCAAAGGCUGUGCUUAAAUCCCGUUCAUCUACCGUCACGCGUGAUGAAUUAUUCUCUUUGGAAGAUUCUUUGCCCCAAGCAUCCUUUAUUGCCGCCAUGAAUUUACGUUAUGUUUCUGUGAAACAAGGUGUUGAUGUUACAGCCAAUCAAGAUGAAAUUGGUGAAAACGAAACAUUCCAAUUGGAAUUUGACUGGUCGGCCCAUCGUUGGGCCUUACGCACAACUCAAGAUCGUUACUGGAGUCUAUCGGCUGGCGGAGGCAUCCAAGCUACCGGCAAUAGACGUUGUGCCGAUGCUCUAUUCGAGUUGAUAUGGCAUGGUGAUGGUUCUCUAUCGUUCCGUGCUAAUAAUGGUAAAUUUUUGGCUACCAAACGUUCGGGCCAUCUGUUUGCCACCUCCGAAUCUAUUGAGGAUAUUACGAAAUUCUAUUUCUAUUUGAUUAAUAGACCCAUUUUGGUACUUAAAUGCGAACAAGGUUUUGUAGGCUAUCGCCAGCCCUGCAAUACCAAAUUAGAAUGCAAUAAGGCUACUUAUGAGACCAUAUUGGUUGAAAAAGCCCAAAAAGGUUUGGUUUAUUUCAAAGGACACAGUGGCAAAUACUGGCGCAUUGAUGGCGAGGGCAUAUCAGUUGAUUCGGAUGGUCCAGCAGAUGGUUUCUAUUUGGAAUUACGUGAACCUACUAGAAUUUGUAUUAGAUCCCAAAAUGGCAAAUAUUUGGGCGCCACUAAAAAUGGUGCUUUCAAACUAUUAGAUGAUGGUACUGAUGCGGCAACACAAUGGGAAUUCUAAAUUGUAUGCGGGAAACUUGCAAAAUACUUUUUUAACGAUUAUUUAUUCAUUUAAGCCAACAAGAAGGAGUUUUACACUAAAAAACCAACUCUCUUUUUAAGAAAUAAUACUACAUAUAAUGUAUAACUAUAUUCCAUUAAACAAAACAAACAAAAAUCACUUAAAAUAUAAAAUUUUCUAAUGAAAUGAAUUCUAUUUCAUACCAUAGAAAUAUAAAGCGGAAGUUUUUGCUGAAAUCUUAAGAAAAUAUGAAAAUUAAACACAGAACAAAAUCUGUUUUAAAGUAAAACGCACAAGAAAAUUUUGUAAUUUUAUAGAAAAGAAAAAUAAACACUGAAAAUUAAGAAUUAUACAAAAAAAAUAAUUAUAAUAAUUAAAAGUAAAAGUAAAAGUAAAAAGAAUUUAAAAACAUGCCAAUAAUUAGCGAUUCCUUCCGUUGCUUAAUUAUAAUUGAAAUUAUAUACAAAAAGCAGUGAGUGAAAAUCUAAUCUUAUGUAUGUGUAUUUUACAAUUUUUUUAAACACAAUUGCAACAUUUUCUUUUUAAUGAAUGAAACAUAUUUAACGCUUUUUAGCAUAUUUUUUUAAAAAACAAACAAAAAAAACACAAUCAUCAUUAAAUAUUGAAAAUGAAAAUUGAAUAAAUGCAAACAACCACUCUAAAACACAAGAUGGAGGGGAGUAUAUUUUGUACUAUAAAAUAUACUUUUAAAAUACCUUAUUCCUAUUAAAUACAUGAAAAACAUUAUAAGAAAGAAAACAUUUAUAAAUUUAUAAAUUAAACAUUUAAAUCAUUUUAUCGAUUGAAUAUAAAAACAUCAUUAGUUUUUAAGCUUUUAUUCUCUUAUGUAUCUCUCGUAUCUCUCUCUAUCUAUAACAAAUCUAAUUUUUGUUUAAUUAAUUAAUUAAUUGCAUCUCGCCCUCAUUCUCUCUAUUAUAAUAAUGUACUAUAAAUUAUAAUACACACAAUUUUAUACAAAACAAACAAACAAAAAACAAAACAAAACAAGUUCAUAAAAGAAAAAUAAUAUUAUUUUAAAAUUAUAUCAUCAUUCACAUUUGUUAUUUAUUUUGCAAUAUAAACCUAUUUUUUUUAAUUUUUAAUUUUUAUUUAUAUAUUUUUUUUAUUUUAACAUAAAUUUUUUACUCAAUGUAGUCAAGAUUGUGCGAAUUUUUGCUAAAUAUUGCUUUUAUUUUGCUUAAGACUCUUGAAACAAGCAAAACAAUUAUAUUUAUCAUAGUAUUUUUUUAUUUUAAUUUUUCUCAUUUUUUUAUUUGUAAUAUUUUAAUAUCAAGAAAGCAAAUAAUGAAAUGAAUUAUUAAGUAAUUAUAUGUGAAACUAAAUGAUAAAACAAUAUCAUUAUUAUCAAAUAAAGAAUUAAUUAUUAUGAUUAUUGUAUUCAUAACCUUAAAA